AUGUUGCGAAACCAAGAAAUUUUAUGCACUGAAAACAAAGUAGAAAUAUUCAAUGAUUUAUUAAGAACCGAAUGGAAAGAACCUGAGGUUCUGAAUGAAGAGAGCAAAGAAAUUACGGAAAACAAUAAUUCUAAUUUUAACUUGUUUUUGAAAGAAGUUCGAUCAGAUUAUCAAAAUGCUGAUCAACUAUUGCGAACUGCACUAGAUAAGUUUAAGGAUCAUUAUAAUUCAGCAAAAUCUAAAUCUGUCUCGUGGUUAUCUUCCUUCCUUUACGAUAUGAAUCACAAUCUAGACUCUAUGGUUCAUAUUAAAAGUGGUGCUCAUAUCUGUGUUCAAGUAGAAUCAAUUAAACGACAUAGUAUUAAGCAAAAAUUAGCUGUUGGAAAUAAAGAAAAUAAACAUCCAGAUCCCCACAUUAUCCCUGCUUGA